AUGGACCCUAAGAAAUUCAUGAAGCGGCUCGAUAGCAAGAAGUUGCCCACCCACUUCCACAUUGGCGUUGAAGUCGGCGGCGGCAAGGUCAGGGCGGGAGGUGGAGAAGAGAGCCAAGCAGCUGGGACAUAUAACAAGAGGUCUCGAGGUUCCGGCGUUUCGCUUCUGUCGGAUGCUCUUAAGGACUCGACGGUCCAGGCGUGGACUCAGCGCCGACUCAGCGAGGCCCAAACGUUGGCCAAGUUGCGGGCACCGUACAAGGUUAAGCGAAAGAGCAAGGCGGCUAAGAACAGCUGGAAAAAGAGAAAAUAA